UGUAAUUCUGUGCUUACGAUGGUGCCUCUCACUGACGAGGCCGGCGAAACGUUUGGGAAUGUACCCAGCCAAUGGUCCAAUGCUGGAACUUACGAAUACUAUGAUAGAGGACACGGGACUAGGCACGUUCCACAAGGUCUGCCUGAGGUUCCGACCAAGUUGCGAAAACAAGAUCCGGCUGCUGCAAGAUUUUGCGCUUCUGUGGUCGACCUUAUGUUGGUGAUACAUGCCGACCUAUUCGACAAAGAUUUGGGGAACAUAAAAAUCCUUCUUAAUGACAGCUUGGCCCAACGGUCAGAAGUGGCUAAAGACAUUGUAGAUAAUGGACAUGAGAUAGAAUGGUCGCAAGCUCCCAAGUAUUCCAAUUAUGCUACAUCUGCUGUUAAAAGGAAGGUAAAAGAGGCUAUUGAAGUCGAUCAAUUAGGAAAUACGUUGAAUGUGAGGAACGGUGGUAGAAACUUGAUGGAUGAAAAUUCAGCCCGUUUGUACCCGAAAAAAGGAGGAUGCCUCAUGGACUGCGUCAACCUGAACGCCACGUUUAAGACAAACAACUGUAAUUCAAUGGGAAUCAGCCGUCGUCUUCUGUUCGGAGAGGAUGAGCGCCCAAUAAAUCAGAUUACCGAGGAAUUCAAAUCACUUACACCUGAAGCUCGUAAACAAGUCAUGACUCUAUGGAAGGAUAUCGAAAGCGGAAAAACUUACGGUGGAAUAUUCGAGAAUGAACCACAGACUGCAGAUGGCGUUGUACGCUACGAGACUUCUGUCUACCAGGGAAUCGAGGCGACUGUGAGCGCUAAGCAAUUAAAAGAAGAAUUUCUUAAACGAGCUUCCGAACCGCCUGAUAUCAAAAGGGAGCUGAAUUCAGAUAAAUUUAUUUAG